AUGGCGAGCCGUUCCAGAACGGCCCUUCGACUCGGUCUAUCACUGCUGGGUCUUAGCCGCUGUGGCCUAGGGUUCGAGACCGGCGAAGUCCCUUCUGAACUGGAAUCCUACGUCACCGACCCCAUCGCCCGGCACACCGCUUGCGCAGUGGAUGCGAACACCGCCACGGUUUGUGUGCUGGAAGGCUUCGUCUCGCAAGCGACCACGCUGGAUUACUACAUCUUGACCUUGCCAGAAGAGGGCCUGCUCUAUGAGACGUCGCCCAACUUCCGGAGCUUCGGCUCGGCGCCGCUGAUGGCGCCCGAGCCGAUCGGUCCCCAUUUGCUGCCCUUGCUGGUCACGGACCCCAAGCACCAGGUGGUCUACGUGCCUCCGGCCAACAAGUGGCCAACACCUAAUGCCUGGACCGCGUUUACCUUUGUGGUGGAGUCACCUCUCCGCGAUGAGGCGACCGGCCAGAUGGUGAUGACGCGGAGUGAGCCGGGCCUGGUGGUCUUGGCGAACCCGGAGCAGCAGAUUGCGGGCUCGGACUUCAGCCUGGCGAACAGCGCGGAUGGCUGGAGCUUGUCGGGGCAGCUGGAAGUGGUGGCUGGUAAUGCUCCCAGUCAGGGUGUGAGACAUCACGCGUCGGCUUGGGGUGGGUUGAAUCACUACAUCUAUGGCGCCGACGAAGUUCAGAGCCUGGACUUUGCCACGGGAAUCGACUUGGCACGCUGGUACUUCGAGGCCUCUCCCAGGAUCUUCCAUCGGAAGGAGCUCGCGGCCGCCUAUGGCGGCAUGCUGCGCUUCCGUGUCCGGUCGCAGUACGGGAACUUCUUGGAGUUGAAUGAUCCACUGGACUGGGUGACGAUCGAAUGUCAGUCCUGUGACAGUGGACAGGGCGCGCGCAUCGUGCGCUUUGUGGAUGAGACUCUCCGGUGGAUCGGCAACGAAGUGUACAUGGAGUUAUACUUGCAUGAGAAUGGCAGGUGGUCCUACGACCCCCUGAACUCUGCGGCAGAGUUCACCUAUGCCACGCAAUGUCAGAUCGCAGCCAUCCUGACCAACGUCUCCCGGAUCGCCAUCCUGGGCGACUUCACCCGAGGUGGUGAAGGCAUUGCCCUGGACGAUGUCGCCAUCGUGGCGGCGGAUGCCUCGCUGCAGCCGGCCUAUCCGUUGUCGUGUCAGCAGGUGGCGGACUGCACCCCGACAGAUCCCAAAGCGGACCAGGAGGUGGACCUUCUCGACGAGAAGGAUUUGUACAAAGUCUUGGGGGUCUCACGUGGCGCACAAGCUGAUGAGCUGAAACGUGCGUAUCGACAAAAAUCUUUGAGAUACCAUCCGGACAAGAACCCUUCGCCGGAUGCCAAACCCAUUUUCCAGAGGAUCACCGAGGCUUACUCGAUCCUCUCCGAUGACAAGAAGCGAUUGAAAUACGACAAGUCAGGAGAUAUGGACCUGGAGGACUUCGACAUUGAUCAAUUUCUGAAUAUGUGGGUUGGAGAAAUGAUGGAAGAUGGUGGAGUCGUUGAUGACAUGAUGCAAGCAGUUCUGCCUUGGAGGAGUGACGAGGAGAAGAUGAUGCAGUUUAUGGAAGAGAACGUGGCACCCAGCGGAGGGAAGCUGCAAUGCAAGGUGUGCCAACACGUGGGUUCGAAUCAGCGACUCAUGUUGGCCCAUUUCGAGAAGAAACAUCACUUGGACUGUGAGGAGUGGGCCAAAGAGACCCUGAAAAGCAUGAAGGCCUCAUUCGAGUCUUUCAUGAAGCAGGUCACAGGCCUUGGAGAUCCCAGCGGUGAGUUCCUCAUGCCCGACGGCAGCAAGGCGGAGAUGUCCAAGGUGCCGGGUGUCCCUGACAUCCGUGCCCACAUGCAGAAGCGCAUGGACAAAGCCAAGGUGCUGGAACAAGUCUUGGAGAUGUAUCGCACAGUGGCUGCCGAAGAGGUGGAAGACAGUGAGGCCGCCGCGUCCAGCCCGGACGAGGUGCGAAUGGCGAAGGCAAAGGCGACGCCGGAGCGGAUCGCAGAGGUGCUGGAUGUGACUCUGGAGGAAGCCCAGCGGCUGAAGGAUGACAGGGAGGAGCUUCUGCGCCAGCUCAAAAUGCGCAUUGAUGAGCUGAGCGCAGAGGAUGAAGAGGAGGAACUGCUUGAAUCCAUGGCCGCCUUCGGAGGUGGCAUGGAUGGCGCGGACUUCGGCCUCGGCGGCUUUGGUCCGGGCGGCCUGGGCGGCUUGGAGGAUUUGCAGGAUCUUCUGCAGGGUGAUCCGCAGAUGGAGGCGCUGCUGGGGCAACUGGGUGGCGGACUGCCGUUUGGUGGGCCCAUGGGCAUGCCGGGCAUGCCAGGAUUCCGGCAGGAGGGAGCUCAGAGGUUUGCUCGGAGUUCGCAGGACGGCUACGAGCGCUUUGAGCGGCCUGCGAGGAGGAGGACUCCGCCACAAGAGCAGGAGGAAGAGAUUGGGUGCAUUUGCGGCUAUACUUGUGGAACGGAGAAGGCGUUGCAAAGGCAUUUGGACCGCUUCCCGAGUGAUGCCGCCCAUCGGGAUGCCAGGCGGCGGUGA